UGGUAUAUAAAGUGAUUGAGUGAUCAUUCCUUUAUUUCAGUUUGGAUAUCAAAACAAAAUGAACUUCUUCGGCGUGCUGUUCCUUUCCGUAAUUUAUUUGGCACAGAAUGCCUAUGGACAAUGCCUUGGACCCGCUGGAACAUUCCCUAAUGGAUAUGGUGUAGGAUAUGGACCUGGAAUCGGCAUUGGACCUGGUAUCGGUCCCGGUUUCGUAGGACCAGCGGGCUUUGCUCCUGGUUAUCCAGGAAUCGCUCCAGCUCUUGAAGUGCCUUUGGCUGUUGGUGGUUAUGGCGGCUCUGGUGUUGGUGACGUUGCCGUUGCUGGUGAAAUGCCAGUCGUUGGUACUACACAGGUUGCUGGACAAGUGCCGAUCCUCGGUGCUGUGCGGUUCGCUGGUGAUCUACCAGCUAUCGGUACUGUUAGCAUUGCUGGUAGUUGCGGCUGUGGUUGUGGAGCACCAGCAUAUUACUACUAAUAAACAUUUUCCAGUUUCUGAAUCACUGUCAAAGUAAGACUUACUAUAAAAUAUUGUACACUCAUUGGUCGCCCAUUACGUCAACAGUAGACAUCGACCAAUCACAGUUUAGAUUAAAGUAAAUUUGACAUACGUCAUCAUUACAAAACUGGUGAUAAGAAUUGUAAUUUAUAUUUGUAAUAAAAUAAUUAGUUCAUAUAGUGUUACCAAUAUAAAGUAUUUUCUAUAAAA